UUGUGAUAUUGACUCAACAGAGGAAAAUCCUGUGUUACAUGUUCCCUCCCGGGGUGUUUCUUUACCGACACACUGAAGAGUUGAGACAUGCAGAGUUGGCCAACAACCUUGAUGCUGACACUCAGUUACUUCAACAGAUCGAGGAGAAGACGGACGGUGAGAUACUCCUCACAUUUAACUCUUCUUUAUUUUUAUCUCAUAAAGAAAUAAAGGAUCAAACUGACUCGUUCUGUGUUCACCUGUCCUGAUGGAGCAUACCUCUUUCUCUUUCAGCCUGGACAAAAUGUCGCCACACCUCCGCUACGUCUGUUUGUGUAACUUUCUAAGUGCUACUGCGUUAAUUGCAGGAUGCACCUCUCUCCUCGUUUUAGUUUUCCCGAUCGCUGAGAUAACUGUAGGUGUGAUGUACCUGCACGAGUGUCCAGCUGCUCCACUUAUCCCCGUGUAUUUGAUGGUGUGUGGGAUCGUGGCCGUGCUGCUGAUGGGUCUAGCUCUGCACAAGCUCUUCUGUCCGGCUGCACCGCACAGUCGGAUCUGGACUGUGUGCCUCCUCAGCCUGGUCCUGUUCGCCUUCGUAUGGAUCCUCUACGGUAGUUACCUGAUUUAUUCUAUGUAUCCCCCUAACUACACCAAGAGCUCCAACAGCAGCAUCUUUGCUCCGUCUGCAGCUGACAACGAGCCUGACUCCUCCUCGGAUCAGAACCUGAAUCAGAGCCGUCCAAAUCUCACCCUGACCGGGAUGACCAACAACAACAACAACCAGACUUUAAUGCAGCUCAUUCAGAGUUUGUCUGUCAGCAGGAACAGCAGCACUCAGACAAACAGAGAGCACGUGAACGCAGCACAGAGACUUCAUGUGGAGGCUGCAGCGCUGCACUGUGACAGGAUGCUGUACCUGUUUGCUUUCUGGACCACCACGCUGGUGUUAGUGGCGUCAGGAAACACUUUGCUCAUCGUCACCUGGAUAUAUGGAAAUAGAAAAUGAAGAAGAUGAUCACAGCCUGAACUGAGCUACAUACUAGAGACAUCUCAGAGACAUUGAACAUCACAUUAAAAACCUUCAGAUGGUCACUUAGUCUUGUAGAGGAACAUGCAGCCUUGCUUCAAGCUAUUUGAGAAAUAAAGAGAAAUCAAGAUUUUAAAACUUCCUUCCUUCCUUCACAGCUCUGACUCGUGUUGGGAAACAGGGGCCGUAUUCACAAAGCCUCCUUAAUACUAAGUGUUGCUCCUAGUGACAAAAUUCUAAGAAAAUCCUUAGAAUCAGGACAUUUUCUAAGAAUUUCUCCUAAAAGUUUGUACUAGAUCUUUGUAAAGUUAUUCACAAAGCAUCUUAGCCAUUAAGAGAGCUCC